AUGUCGGCCGGUCCGCGGGUUCGUCGUGCCGCAGCGGCCAAUGAGACUGUCGUGAUGCGCAUAUGGCGCUGGGUGAAGAUCACGAUCUGGCACGUGUUCUACGGACAGAAUGAGUGGCAGCGUCUGUGCAGCCCGACGGGCGCUACAGUGGAUGAGGAGGAGCGCAUCGUGCGCUUUCGCACGGAACUUGCGCUAUCAACUCAGAUGGUGCAGACGUGCAACGUGGUGUUCGACAACGAACCGUUUCCGAUGGAAGCAACACUACAUGACGUGGCGACGAGAGCAAAGCUCGAUGAGAGAGACGUAACAUUGAUGACCAACGUGCGCUCGUGCCUCCAGCGCUGCAACUUUGUGAACAAGGUAUAUGCACGCGUGUACGCGCUGAAGAAUGAAGCAUACAGCUCGUCGAAGCCCGACCAUGAGGAGAUGCUGGAGCAACUGUGGACGAACCUGAAGCCGGAUAUUCGCCGUGAAGGCGGACGUAUUACCAAGGAGUGGGGAGAGAUUGGCUUCCAAGGCACGGACCCGAUGUCGGAUUUCCGAAGCAUGGGUCUCCUUUCGCUGGUGCAGCUCAACCACUUCACGAAGAGCUACAGAAUUGAAGCCCAGCGUGCUUUGGAGGAGUCGAACCAUCCGACCCGCUGGUAUCCGUUCGCCGUAACUGGAAUCAACGUGACUGCCUUUGUGAUCGAGCUGAUUGACGAGCGUCUGUUAGACAUCAAGCUGUACCGCCAUGCUGGUGCUGGUGGAGAUGACAAUGUGGAUUUCGGCUUGAAACAGCUCCACGAUUUCUACGCCACGAUCUUCACUCGUUUCAAUAAGCUAUGGGUGGACACAAACCCCCGCGACGUGAUGGCGUUCCCGUCCAUCUUCCAAUCGCUCAAGGAUGACAUCCGCCGCGAGUUGACUUCUAAGUCGUUCCGCUACUGA